CGUCCCGCCCCGAGAUUCUUCCAGAACCAGCCGGCAGAUCCGCGCGGCCAGGUGCACAGCUAGAGGAGCAAAUUCUCCGAUUUAAAAUCAUUUUUUAUAGCUGUGCAUUUUAUUGGGGUGGAGAUCAAAAAUGUCCGCCCUCGGGACCCUCGCCUUCGAUGAAUAUGGAAGGCCUUUCCUCAUCAUAAAGGACCAGGACAAGAAAUCUCGCUUGACUGGCCUGGAAGCGCUGAAGUCUCACAUCAUGGCAGCAAAAGCAGUUGCAAACACCCUGAAAACAUCACUGGGGCCAAAUGGACUUGACAAGAUGAUGGUGGAUAGAGAUGGUGAGGUGACUGUGACCAAUGAUGGAGCGACGAUCCUCAGCAUGAUGGAUGUGGACCAUCAGAUCGCCAAGCUCAUGGUAGAACUCUCCAAGUCUCAAGAUGAUGAAAUCGGAGACGGAACUACUGGAGUUGUUGUUUUGGCAGGAGCUCUUCUAGAGCAGGCCGAGCAGCUGUUGGACAGAGGUAUUCACCCCAUCAGGAUCACCGAUGGUUAUGACCAGGCCGCAGCGAUCGCCAUUGAGCAGCUCGACAAAAUUGGUGAUAGUUUCCCAGUGGAUCCCAACAACACAGAGCCUCUUAUUCAGACAGCCAUGACCACACUAGGAUCCAAAGUAAUCAACCGGUGCCACAGACAGAUGGCAGAGAUCGCUGUCAAUGCCAUCCUAACAGUGGCCGACAUGGAGAGGAAGGAUGUUGACUUCGAGCUUAUCAAAGUUGAAGGAAAAGUCGGUGGAAAACUUGAGGAUACUCAGCUCAUCAAAGGAGUCAUCGUGGACAAAGAUUUCAGCCAUCCUCAGAUGCCCAAGGUACUGAAAGACGUGAAAAUCGCCAUCCUCACCUGUCCCUUUGAGCCCCCCAAGCCCAAAACCAAGCAUAAGCUUGACGUGACCUCAGUGGAGGACUACAGAGCUCUGCAGAAGUAUGAGAAGGAUAAGUUUGAGGAAAUGAUUCGACAGGUCAAGGAGAACGGGGCCAAUCUUGCCAUUUGCCAGUGGGGAUUUGAUGAUGAAGCGAAUCACUUACUUCUGCAAAAUGAGCUUCCUGCAGUCCGCUGGGUCGGUGGACCUGAGAUCGAGCUCAUUGCCAUUGCUACUGGUGGACGUAUUGUACCCCGAUUCUGCGAGCUGACUCCAGAGAAGUUGGGCUCUGCUGGGCUGGUGAAGGAAAUCUGCUUUGGGACCACUAAAGACAAAAUGCUGGUUAUUGAGGAAUGCAAAAACUCCAGAGCUGUGACGAUCUUCAUCCGUGGCGGGAACAAAAUGAUCAUUGAAGAGGCUAAGAGAGCUCUCCAUGACGCUCUGUGCGUCAUCCGUAACCUCGUGAGGGAUCACCGCAUUGUGUAUGGUGGCGGUGCAUCAGAGAUCUCCUGUGCUCUUGCUGUAAACCAGGCAGCCGAUAAGUGCCCCUCUCUGGAACAGUAUGCCAUGAGAGCGUUCGCUGAUGCUCUGGAGGUCAUUCCUAUGGCACUGGCCGAGAACAGUGGUAUGAACCCCAUCCAAACAAUGGCAGAGGUCAGAGCCCAACAAGUCAAGGAAAACAACCCUGCACUUGGAAUUGACUGCCUACAUUUGUCAACAAAUGACAUGAAGCAACAGCAUGUGAUUGAGACCCUCAUUGGAAAGAAACAGCAGAUUUCUCUGGCCACUCAAGUAGUCAAGAUGAUUCUGAAGAUCGAUGACAUCAGGGGCCCCGGCGAGCCUGAAGACUGAGCGUCAUGUAGCACUGGAGAAAUGAAAGGUCUCAAGCACUUCUAAAGGAAUGUGUCCAACCUCCGUACUGUUAUUUAUCAUUUGAUCGUUCAAUGUAGUACCGAAGUGAUCAUUAAAAUUUUGUUUUCAGAUUU